GUGAAACCCAAACAGUAGCCAUUUAUAUCUUGCCUUUACCGCCUAACCCAAAAAUCUUUCUCCGUCUAACGUGACCAAAAUUUUAUGUACUGCAUAAGAGAAAAACAAAACCAAUUUCAAAAUGAAAAAAAAAAAAAAAGAAAGAAAAAGGCAAACAUGGAAAGGUAAGGCAGAUAUAGAGAAGGAAGGAUGGAUUGGUUGAUAGAUAUGUCUUCAAUUGUCCUCCAACCACAGAGCUCUUUCUCCCCAAAACAAAACAACAAAAAAAGUGUCUUAAUUCCCACAAUUACCCUUCUCUGUAUCCCAUCUUCCAUCACUCGUUCAACUCUUCAACUCGUUCCGCGUUCCUCAUGGGCCUUUUCGGGUUCUCACAUCCUCCAGCUAGUUUCAGAGAACCAGAAUACCAGACCAGAUACAACACAAUUUUCUCUUUCGUCCCUAUCUUCCAUAUAUUAUUACUUCUUUUCUUUUCCUUUCUUUCUCUAAAAUCCCAAUUCUUAUCUUCCUUAUCUGACUCAAUUCUGGGUUUUUUUGAACUUUGCUUUCUCUCCAAGUUUUGGUUUUGCAAUUGUCAAGAAACUAAUCAAAACAAGGGCUCUUUUGGGUUCUUGGAAUUUUCUUUUUUUUAUUCUCCUAGUUGGAGUUGGAGAUUGUCUUCUGGAUUAUAAAAUUUGGGCCAAAAGUUAUCUUUUUUUUUCGCAGAAGAAAGGGUUUUGUAGCUUUCUGCAAAAUUUCUGAUAUAUUUUCUGAUAAGUUUCGAGUUAUUGUUAUUGGGGGUCUCAAAUCUCAAUUUUGAUAAUUAAGAUGAAAAGGGCUUCUCUAAAUUCUCAUCGGCAAUAUAAUAACUCUGUGGAUGAGGAAGCUAGGGCUAGAUUGAAGCAUCAAAACCUACUCCAGGAGUUCUUGGAAUUGCAAAAGGAAUUUGUUUCAAAAAAGAAAAAAUUGCAGACAGUGAAUCAGAAGCGAGAAACCCUUUUGGCUGAAGUUCGAUUCUUAAGAAAGAGGUACAGCUAUUUAUCAAUGAUCAAGUCUCAAGAAUAUGAACUACAGCAGGAUUGUGUUCAAUCACAAAAUCCCUAUCUGCAAAGCAAAAUGGCUAAGAAUUAUGGCAUCAAUGAAGCUCUUGAGAGAAGACUCUGUUCUCUUCCUGAUUUAGACCCAAAUUUGGCUCAUGAGGAAGAGGGUGGGAGAGGUCAAGUAGAUUUUCAGGCCCCGUUGAGAAAGGAGAAGAAGCCCAAAAACUGUUUGCUUAAUGGCAAUAGAGUUGGGAAGAAGAAAAUAUCCUGGCAAGAUCAGGUGGUUUUGAAGGUCUAAUGAAUAAUAAGUAAUCUUUUCACACACAGUUUAGCAGUUAACUCAGGUAGUGACAAGAGUUAACUGUCUCCCUAAUAAACUUUGGAUUGGCAUUGCUACAGAUUGUUAUUGUGAUUGCCUUACAUUUCUUUCUUCAGUGUUUACUGUAAAUCAGGGCAAAUUUGCUCAGUUUAGCAUAUAUGAAUAUAGUGGAUUGCUCAUUUGUCAGAUAAAUAAAGC